AUGGCUAAAAACACAGGAUCAAGUAAAUUUCGAAAGGUCGACGUAGACCAGUACGAUGAAGACAGAUAUGAAGAUGACAUCAUUGAUGCCGUUGAAGAAGGCCCUAAUGAAAUUGAAGUCAACAACCUGCUGCAGAGAUAUCCUUUUAUAGAAGUUUUAGACAUCACAGAUAAAUAUCAGGAAGCCUUGCAGCAUGUGCUACAGAAUGCUCCGGUUGGUUCCAAAAACCAGGCAGUUAAAGACAGAGCAGCUAAUUUAGCAGUGAGGGUUCUCACAUCCUUCAAGGGAGACAUGGACCAGUGCAUCAAGUCUCUGGACAACCGCAGCAUUGACAUGCUAAUGAAGUACAUUUACAGGGGCUUUGAAACGCCAUCAGAAAACAGCAGUGCUGUGCUUCUAACCUGGCAUCAAAAGGCAUUUGCUGCUGGAGGCCUCGGCAGCAUCAUGAGAGUGCUCACAGAUCGAAAGCGAGUUUAA